CGACGCGGACCCGCAGCCAACUGGCGCCGCCCCGCCCGAGGCGCCCGGCCCCGCGACCCGCGAGCCGCCGAGGCCCCAUGGCGCGGGCGGCCGGGGCGGCGGCGGCGACGACGCGGGGUGGGGCGCGGGUCAGGGGCCUCCCUGAUGCUUGGAGCAGAAAGAAGGUGCUGGUGGCUGGCAUCACCUUGGAGAGGAGCUGAAGACUAGCCAGAUAAAAAGCACUGGACAAAUGCUGGUUCCAAAUCCCUGGCAGGGAUCAGAACGCUUCUGCUGUGCUGAAAGCCGAGCCACGCACAGAUCAGGAGCGGGCAGUUACAGGAACUGCUGUCAGUUUCUGUCUAGUUGUACAAUGUCCUUUCAUUCGGGACGCCAGAUAUACCUUUUCAAAUUUAGUGGUCCGAGUCGUGGUGUCAGAAUCGCUGCAGACACAAGUGCCCCCUGAGGUGGGCGCCUCGUCCCUGUCAACUGCACACCUAAUGCAGUGCACACAACCGUCACCAGGAAACGCUGCGGCCAGGGCACUGCUGACCUGCUUGCUGACUCACGUGUGGUUCUUAAGUGUCUUUUCAGAAUGCUCGGAGGCUCCUCUCAAGUUUCCUUGCAAAGAACCCUCACAAGGGUGCUGCCUGCAAAUGGCCUGAAUUUCUCAUUUGUACCAGUAGGUUAAAGGAAUCCUCAAAACCCAGCAGCUGAAAAACUGGUUCACUAGUGCAUUUAGCGCAAAGCACGGACUCAGAGGCCUCCUGCGCAGGAGCCCAGGAGGGGGUAGGUUCCGGCCAGUGAUGAGCGGCCGCGUCCCGCUGGCAGAGAAAGCCCUGUCCGAAGGCUACGCCCGGCUCCGGUACCGGGACACCUCCCUGCUCAUCUGGCAACAGCAGCAGCAGAAGUUGGCAUCUGUGCCGCCCGGGACGUACCUGAGCAGGAGUCGAAGCAUGUGGUACUCACAGUAUGGAAACGAGGCCAUCCUCGUCCGGGACAGAAACAAGCUGGACAUCUCCCGGGACACGGGGCAAUCCAAGUUUUGCUCUGUUAUGUAAUUCUGGUGUGAAAACCUGAGCCCAGGCACCCAGCCGCCUUGCUAAUCCCUAGUCCCUACUGGGAGAUCCUGAGCAGUGAACGUGAAGGUUGAGCUGUGGUAGAAGAACCCCAAAAUCCCAGAGCUGGUGCCCCGGCCCAUUCGCAGUCGGGCUGAUGGGUGGACUUGGCUCCUGGACUCCACUGUGAUCUUGCAGGCGCUGUAGGCACAGGCCAGGUCCGGGGCCCGGCUAGAUGCUGUUUUGGUUAUGCUUCCGAAUAAGUCAAGCGAGAGGGACACCCCGGUUACAGACCACCUCUUCACAUUCUUACAGGCUGUCUUUAGGAUUCCCUUCUGCCUGGUAAAGAAUGGGUCAGAUCUAGAAAAAGGUGAAGGAAUUGGCAUCAUGUCGGGUCGCAGAUCCAUGUGCAGGACCCAGAUGUGCAGGACCAAGAUGGAUUCACCCUAAAUGGUCAUCGGCAGCAGUAUUUCAGUAGGGACUUUGUGGCACUUGAGUUUUGAGUCUAGUAACCAAAAUGAUCACUGCGUGUGAUGCACUGUGAUGGCUCCUACACUACCUUCCUGAUGCUGGAGGCUUGUGGGGCAAAGGCAGCCCCAAAACAUUAAGGAAACCCCCAAAUUAUUAAGUUACACAAAAGUUGCUAACAGUGAUUUCAAAUUUAAUCACAGGGCUGAAAUAGGCAGGUUCUCAGCCGACAGUGGUUCAGCCUCGGCCCACCUGUGUGGGCAGCUUUAUGAGUCAUUUUUAAAGGAUUUGCUGUCUGCUGUAAUUAAGGUCUGUGUGGCGAGGCAAACGUGGAAGUGGCUUUUCUCAAAGACACUUUUGUCAAAGCUAAGUUUUCUUUUCUAAAUAAAUCUCAUUUAGGAGCCGCC